GCGCUGCCUAGAUUGAGGGUUCCACGGCGGCGCGGUGGCUCUCCGGGCCCCGCCCCGCCCCGCCCCCCGGGGUCCAGGCCGCGGUCCCCCCGGAGGCUACGGCAGCGCCUGCGCAUUGCCGUUCCAGAGUCACCAGUGGGUCCCAUCUCGCCUCCGAAGAUGGCGGACCACACUGUCGCCGGCCCCAGCGGCAGCACAUCCUUGCGGGGACUUCGAGAACGUAUGGUUGCUGCCGCUCAAGCAGUUGCAAAAGAAAGACGAGAUCAAAGUGGAGUUAGCUCUUUUUCAAGUCAGUCUCCAACUAUAAGAUCAGCAUUUAAGCCAGUAAUAGAUGGGUCUGUUCUAAAAAAUGACUUAAAACAAAAAUUAGCAAAGGAGCGCAGAGAAGAAAGAAAAAGACAACAAGAAGCCAGUAAAGAAAUACAACUACUUGAAAAAGAAAGAAAGGCCAAGCUCCAAUAUGAAAAACAUCUGGAAGAAAAGCAACGAAAACUAAGAGAACAAAAAGAAAAAGAUGAGCGGCGAAGAGUAUCUGCAGAAGAAAAAAGAAAACAAAAAUUCGAGGAAGAAAGGGAAAAAUACAAAGCUGUUCUUUCUCGCACUUUGGAACGGACUAACCGUGUUGAUCAACGGCAAAAGAGAUGGUCAUGGGAAGGCUCCGCCAUGGCAAAUUCUGAAAACAAACCUGGAAAACCAGAAAAUAAGAGAAGCUCAUCUUUGAAUAGAAGAGAAAACAAAGUACAUUCAUCUACUGACUUAGAACACAUGGAGGACAAGACAGCUCGUCGAUUUUAUAGCAAUCCCUCAGAGAAUAAUUUAAUCAGUCGCCUGCUUAUCCCAACAAGAGCAUCAGUAGCCAGAAGCAAGACUGCUGCUUCAUUAUCCAUCCCAGGAAAAGAUACUCCAGGUGUCACCAAUCACUUCCUCCAGUAUGUACAUAUGCCCUUGCGUAGCCACAGUAGUGACGAAUUGAAGAGUUCCAUCAUGUUCAGUAAGCCAAUAGUGAAGACACCUCUUCAGACAAAAUUAGAAAUGGCUCCCCUAGAGAAAGUAGUAACACCCUUCAAGGUAAAUGUGGAAGCUACUCCCAAGGCAAAAAUGGAAGUGCCCUCUGAGGUGAGAAUGGAUGCCUUGUUGAACAUGGAAGCCCCCCCCAUGGAGAACAUGGAAUUGUCCCCUGUGGCGAGCACAGAAACAUCCCCCUUGGUUAGUGUGGAAGUGUCCCCUGUGGUGAGCAUGGAUGCCUCCUCUGAGGUGAGCCUAGAUACAUCCCCUGAGGGGAGCAUGGGCUCAUCCCCUAAGGUGAACAUGAAAGCUCCCUGUAACGCAAACAUGGAAGCAUCCCAGAGUUCGGAAACACUUCCUGAGGCAAAUGUGGAAGUGCCUCUUGAGGGGGAAGUAGAAGAAUCACCCAAGGAGAGCUUGGAAUCAUCUCCUAAGAUGGUGGCAGAAGUGUCCUACAAGGCAUCCCCCAAGAAAGCUAGCUGCAAUAAAAUACUUACUAAUAUCCUACUGCAUCAGCCUGUUCAGAAACCAGAAAUGGACAGACAGACCUCCAACCCUGUUAUCAAGAAGCAUCCAUCCUCAAACAUACUAUCUAAUAUGCAGUCACCAUCUCCUGCCAGCGGGUGUCAUCCACCCUCUCCCGUAAAUACUAUCAGGCAUAUUCAAAAGAACCGCCCACCAUCACCUUCACCAGUUUUGUCAAAACAAUCAGUACAUGCUCCUCUGCCCUGUAAAAUCAUACCUGUUCAACGUACCCUAUUUGUGCCAGAUGGUAUUGUCAAAAAGAAAAGAGAAACGGUUUCUAAAUCCCCAAACAAAUGUGAGCCUGUGAGCCAAAAACAGAUGAUCUCUGAGGAGUCUGGUAAUAAAAUUGCACCAGGAACCAUGAGUGCUGAGGAAGCAACGAAAAUUUUGGCAGAGAAACGCCGACUUGCUCGUGAACAAAAAGACAAAAAAGAAGAAGAGAGACUCCAGAAAGAAAUGGAACCAAGGAAAGUGGCAGAUGUGAUAGAGAAGGUGGACAAAGGCCAAGCAGAAGAGCUAUCAAAAUGUGAAGAUGGGCAAGAACAAGAAAAAGAGAUUAAAAAGAACAAAGGAUGUCAGCAUCAAGACCAGGAAGUACUACUACAGAAAGGGGAUGCCAAAAUAAAAGCUCAGGAAGAAGCUGAUAAACGCAAGAAGGAGCAGGAGAGAAUUAUGUUACAAAAUUUACAAGAAAGAUUAGAGAGAAAAAAGAGAAUUGAGGAAAUAAUGAAGCGGACAAGAAAGACAGAUGUGAACAUCACAAAGGCCUCAGAAAUAUCUGGCAGUAAUACAUCUGAAGAGGAUGAAGCUGAUGAUGAGGAUGAGACAGAAAGUGAUGAGGACUCCCUUGAUAAAAUGUUCCCAUCAGCCAAUGGAAAUGGCAGAGAGUCACCUAACAAGCCCAAAAUGCCUUAUAAAAAUGCCAAGAAAAUGCCUCAGAAACUGGUGUUUUUACAAGCCACAACUGGUGAGACCGAUAAAGAAAAGAAAUCAUAUUUUAAUGGUGAUUUGAAACCUUUUAGGCAAAAAAGCCUGAAAGAGUCUUCGACUCAAGCAAAAGGCUUAAAGUCAUCUACCAAAAGAUCAUCUACACGCACAGCAAAAACUGGAAAAGCAAAGGAACUCAGCACCACCACCCAAUCCAUCCCGAAUGUCAGCACACCUCAGGAGCAGACUUAUGGCAAAAUUGACAGUAGUAGUCACAACACUGAAUCACCAGACACAAAUGUCACCCCUGAUAGCCACAAACAAAAUUUGAAGGAUUUUGUGACAUCCCACCCAAAUCCUCAGAUGCCUACAGACCAUAAGAAAAAAAGCCAAUCUGUGCCUGCUAAUUCCAGUAAGGCCUCAUCCCAUCUCUGCUUUGCUCCAAAGGCAGUUGACCUUGAACCCUCUCCUACUUCUAGCAGUAGGGCAUUCUUUGGAGGAGAGGAAGAAGAUGGUGUUGAGUCUGCAGGAAUGCUUUAGAAGAGUCUUCCAUUAAGUUAGUUUUGAGAGAGUAGAUGGCUUGCUUCUAAUUUUUAUGUCCUGCAUUUCCUGUCAGAUACAAAAAACUAAGUUCUUUUCAAGAUCCAGAUUCCUCAGAGCUCUUGAUCCGCCAGCAACUUGACAAGUACAUAAUUUUCCUUUAGGUCAGAGGUCCAGGAAGGUCUUUGGAAUUAGUCCCUCAUCCUCUGUUUCCAAAACCAAAAGAUCCAAAAGACCAUUGUUUCUCUUGAGAAGCUCUCUUAGAAAUCAAGUGAGGCAGUGUGGGCUCCUUUGGGGAUCUAGGAGGAGGGGAACAUUUUAAGGGACCCAGUGUGUCAGUCCAGGGAGUCCUAGGCCCACCCCAAAAGGAGGCCAGGGACAAGUUGCCAUGAGACCACCAGCAUCUUCUCUACUGGUCUUUCUUUCCUUUUCCCUCUGCUUAGAUACAUAAACCUCAUACAGCCUAGAAGAUUGAUCUAUCCUCCACUCUGGAUAACUCCCAGGCCUAUGCCUCAGAAUUCGCCUGCUUCAUACUUGAACCUGGCAAAGGAAAUGACCAUUAAAACAAAAAAGAAAGGAUACAUCCGAAGGUCACCCUGACAUCUGUCUUGGAAGGUGUUCAUAUCAUUUUUUUCUCUUGUGAGAGUUCUGAGUUAAAAAGAAAUGCUUUGGUUUCCCUUAAAAAAUCAUGAUUGUCUUUUGUGUGUAUCUCCAUGUGUGUUGGAGUGUGUAUAUCCAGGGUGCUUUCAUUAGGUAAUAACUAUUGAGUUUCUAAAAGAACUCUAUUAAAGGAACGAUGUUCUUUCAGCAUAUAUUAGAAGUCUUAAUGAUUCUUGUUUGACAAUGACAUCAAUUUAACUACUAGAAAAUUUGAUUUUGUGGAGAACUUGAUAGAAGAUGUGAGGCACUCAGGAUUGCUGGCAAAAUUGUCUCUAAUAUACAAAUGCCAAAGGCUGCAUGAUAUAGUAAAAUUUGAGCAUAAUAUAUGCAUAUUUCAGUUCUUCUAUUGUCAGUGCCCCGCAUUGAUACCCACAAAUGCUGGCAGUCUUGGAAAGCAUAAACUUGGAGCAUUCAGCAUCUCUCACACUCCUGUCAGUGUUUCCUUUGAAGUACAUAUUGGGGCUUAUCUACCAAAAGAUGGGUUAUAUUUGUUGUGUCCAUAAAGCAGUACUUGGCCAUUGUCUCAUGGGGUAUGUUUAAUUCCUCUAAAUGUUGAAUAUUUAUCAUCUUUUUCUGUUUGUGCUUCCUAGUUCUGUCCAUCAGUAUAGGCUUAGGAUAUGUAACCAAAACAUACUUGCCUUUCUCUAGGCACUGGCUGCAGGUGAGGACAGCAGCAGUGUUAUUCUUCAGUUCCCGUGAUAGGCACACAGAUGUAUGUACACAUACGUACAUACGUACACACAUAGGCUAUAUGAUUCCAUAAAACUUGAAUGCAGAUUCCUUGUCCUAAUGGUAAUGAGCAUUUAGUGUUGAAUCACAAAUAGUUUGAAUCAGGCCUGUGUUCCUUUUGGCCACCAGUCUUGGAUUAGUCAAUGAAGGUAAUGAUUCUUUCUGAUUGCCUAGUUCUUUGCUACACAGAGUACUGUACCUUUGUUAUAGAUUAGGCAGGAUGCCUAAGGUUUAAAACUAUUUUUAUACACUAGCUUUUUUGUAUAAAAGGCAGAGACAAUCAUCUUAAAAUAUGAAAUGCUAUUUUUCUGCACAAAUGUCACACGCUGAAACAUUGUUACCGUUCCCUGUAACUCUGAUCUGUAUGAAAUAAACUUCACAGAUAAAGCAA